AUGUUUCCUCAAAUCAAAAGAUCAGCCGCAAAUCUCAACAACAACAUCAAGAACAGAAUUCCCGCUAAAGUGAGCCUAGACGGCCAAAAUUGUCAGUCAACCAAAGUGACUCCUGAUGGAAGUCGACACAGAACCGACAGGAGAAUCCAGAAACGAGGCUGUGAAUCAAGAAAUGUGCUUUCUUCGGGGCCGGCCUUCGGGAGCUCAACCGAUCUGGAAGUCUGUCGUCCAAACAUAACACAACCUACCCAGCGGUCCAAGGACAAUUCUGAUCCCCCAAAACAGCACCCGCUCCACCAUGUGAACAUAGCAACUCCAAAGUGCAGAUCUCGACGCGGAGAUGCCUCGAAAUCGACCACAGUGUCGAAUGUUAUUUCUUCCAAAACCGAAAGAGCUUCAUUGCCAUCGAAGCGGAAUCUUUCUGCGUUUGUACAGUCCUCAACCCUUCAGCAAGGGAAACUUGACGCCAUCGGAGAUGCACCAGGUAAACUCCAUAGCACAGAACCGAAUAAGAAACCCAGCUCGAAGAAGGAAAACCUUCCGAAGAAAGCAAAGUGCCCAGGGCAACGGCCACGAAUGACUGAGACAACAUUGACAAGUUCCGAUAUCUGUGCGCUAAAUGCAAAAGUUGAAACGAGCCAGAAGAACAUUGACAAGGUCGUCGAAGAGCUGCGGCACAGUUCUCAGACAUUUGCCAGCAGCGUCAAAACACCACACAAGAACAAAAGAUCCCAUGCUACAGCGUUCACCGAGUGUAAUGGCUCUAUCACACACGGCAGAAGUAAAAAGACCAGGAACAACACGCCACACGAGCUGGCUAAAAGAACUACCUCAGGCGCUUUGAAGAGUCCUAUACCACGAGCUCCGGACGUAACCAUAUUCCCUAGAUUGGCAUAUAUCAUGAGAUGCGAUGAGAACGGUGUCCCUGCAGGACGUGCACCUUUCCGUCGACCCACUCCCGUCACUCACACCAUCCGCGAUCAAGUAGGUAACCCCUUGCCUCGCACAGAGAAGCCCCUAGCAGAAAUCCUGAAAUAUGACCAAGAGCGGCGACGUCGGGAUCCGAUGGUGAGGACAAAUUACUGGAGUCGCUUCCCCAAGCCGUCUCCUCCGAGGAAUGGGAGAUGGAUCUGCCACAAGCAACUCAGCUCUGCAAAGAUGCCCUUGAGGGGAUCUUGGCCAAGGAGACCGCAGAUGUGA